AUGAAGGAAUGCCUACAAUCAGCUAGAGUUUCAAUUCUUGUAAAUGGCUCUCCUACUACUGAAUUCUGUCUAGAAAAAAGCCUCAGACAAGGGGACCCAUUGUCACCCUUUCUCUUUAUCAUAGUGGCUGAAGGUUUGAAUAUGUUAUUCCAAAGAGCUAAAUCACUGGGGCUAAUCAAAAGGGCUAUGAUAGGACUUACGGAGUUUAAUGACACUCAUUUGCAAUUGGCGGAUAAUACAAUUGUGUUCUGUGAGGCUGAUGAGCAAGAUACUUUGAAUGUUAAAAGAAUUUUGAGAGAAAAUUUCUUUGAUUUGGAGUUGACACUGGUCAAAGUAGUUUUGUCUUCAUUAGUAGUGUAUUACCUUUCCAUUUUUAAAUUGCCUGGAAGUGUAGCUAAGUUGCUUGACAAAAUUCAGGCUAGGUUUUUGUGGGGAGGCUCAAAUGUUAAAAAGAAGCUUCAUCUAGUAAAAUGGGAGGAGGUCACCGACAAGAAGAGCUUUGGAGGUUUGGGGAUUAAAAGAUUGUAA